ACUGAGUUUUGAUCAUGUACGAUUAUACGUUGUGUAAAUUGUUAGUGUUUUCAGUUAUUAUAAUAUACACGUGCGGUCAAGUUCAAGAAAAACUGCUCAACAAGCUAGUGUGCAUCGAGCAUGAAGAGUGCGGUGCGUGUUUGUCGGCUGCUUCGCACUGUCGAUGGUGUGCAGACCCUUACUUCAGUCACGCUGCUCCCAGGUGCAACGACGACGAAAGUUUGGUGUCUACGGGAUGCAGUCAAGCUAUGAUACAACGACCAGAGAAACCUAUAUGGGUUGUGGCCGAGAAUAGUUCCUUACAAGACAUGCAACCGGACAGUGAAGAGUCCGUAGUACAGAUCCAGCCUCAAAGGAUCAAAUUAUCGUUGAAACCACGUGAAACAAAAAAAAUUAAGUUCGUAUACCGGCCAGCGAAGAAUUACCCUCUAGAUCUCUACUACCUGAUGGACUUGACCUGGUCAAUGAAGGACGACAAGGAAACACUGGUUUCCUUAAGGGAUGACUUGCCUAUUCUGUUAAAGAAUUUAACUGACAAUUUUAGGCUCGGUUUUGGUAGUUUUGCUGAUAAACCAAUCAUGCCAUUCAUCAACGUGGAUGAUAGAAGAAAAUCAAACCCAUGUGCUGUUGAGGAAGAAGCUUGCGAGGCAACAUACAGCUACAAACACCAUUUAUCUCUUACUAAUGAGGUAAGCGAUUUUAUCAAGAAAGUAAACACGAGUUCAGUGACUGCAAAUCUGGAUAACGCCGAGGCCCAAUUAGAUGCCCUCAUGCAGGUCUUGACUUGCGGCGAGAAGAUCGGAUGGUCGACGAAAAGCAGAAAGAUCGUAAUUCUCUCUUCAGAUGGACUGUUGCAUAUUGCUGGCGACGGAAGGAUAGGGGGAGCAGCAUUAAAGAACGAUGAAAAUUGCCAUCUGGAUGACAACGGCUACUAUAACAAGGCGGACACCUACGAUUAUCCAUCUAUUGCUCAAAUCUUUAGAUUACUUGAUAAGUAUAAGGUUAACGUUAUAUUUGCUGUAACCGAAAGUGUUAAGGAUCAUUACGAUAGUCUACACGAACUUUUAAAAGAUUUCACGUACGUAGCUAAAUUGGAAAGUGACAGUUCCAACAUUCUAAAGCUCGUCAAAACGGGAUACGAAGACAUCGUCAGCGUUGUCGAUUUUGAGGACAAUGCAAGCUCGGGCCCGGCUAAGGUUCGGUACUUCUCUGAUUGUGGAGUGAAAGGAGGGUCGCUUGUCGAGACGACGCGAUGUACCGGAGUCGAAUACGGCAUGACCCUCAAUUACGAGGCGCACAUCACUCUCGAUGCUUGUUCGGAAUUUAAAACUUCGAGUCAGACGAUUCGCAUUUCCGAAAGUCAACUUGGACAGGACUCGCUCACUCUCGAUGUGGAAUUACAAUGUGGAUGCAAAUGCGAAGGCGAUUCGCAGAAAGAUCUGUCCCUGACGUGCCCAGUCAAUUCUCACCUCGUGUGCGGUGUUUGUCAGUGUAAUAAAGGCUGGUCCGGACCAGACUGUGACUGUUCAAUAAGCGACGAGGAAGCAUCUGCGGAACUAAUGGCUCAAUGUCGAGAGCCGAACUCGACGCGGACUCUCGCCUGUUCCGGCGCCGGAGACUGCAUCUGCGGGAGGUGCGACUGCGACCGUGGCUACAACGGAAAAUAUUGCCAGUGCAAGUCGUGUGAAACUAGUCCAGAAAACGGUAUCGAAUGUGGCGGUGUGGGUCGCGGCGUGUGUGUUUGUGGACAAUGUGCGUGUGUCGACGGCUGGGGCGGACCUUCCUGUGACUGCACCACCGUAUUGGAUUCGUGUAUUGCACCGGGAGACGAAAAACUUUGUUCCGGACAUGGAGACUGUGUUUGUGGUCAGUGUCAGUGUUCCGCCUCUGAUCAGAGCAGCGGCUCCGUAUACUCAGGCACGUUUUGCGAGACAUGUGCAACCUGUGAGAAUCCGCUAUGCGCAAACGCGGAACCCUGCGUUUCUUGUCAUCUCAACAGCAGUUGUACGGAUAUAUGUACGAUUGGCAGCGUCAACUACACAGUCCAUGACAGAAUGAGCGAAACUGGGUCCGUAAGCGCGGAAGAUAUCACCUGUAUCCUUCGCAUAGAGGAGAACUCACUUGAAUGCGAAUACAAAUACACUUACAACGCGGUCAGACAGUCCAUAGUCGCCAUGGAGAUUGCGCUCCGUUCUAAAGACUGCUUCCAGCCGACCAGCGCAAAGAUCAUGACCAGCGCUUUCGUCAUCAUAGCCUGCGUGAUAGCGGCAGGGCUUCUAAUUAUCUUAGCCAUAAAGAGCGCUCAGAUCGUUUCAGACAGGCGAGCAUACGCGAAAUUCGUUAAAGAAGCACAGGAGAGUCGAAAGAAUAUGCAAGAACUGAACCCGUUGUAUAAAUCUCCUAUAACAGAGUUUAAGCUGCCGGAUUCGUUCCCUAGAGAUAAGAAUGAUUAAGUGCAUUACUGAGGGGUUGGCUUAUUGAUGAAGUUUUUUUUUUAUUGCCUAGAUGUGUGGACGAGCUCACAGCCCACCUGGUGUUAAGUGGUUACUGGAGCCCAUAGACAUCUAAAACGUAAAUACGCCACACACCUUGAGAUAUAAGUUCCAAGGUCUCAGUAUAGUUACAACGGCUGCCCCACCCUAACUACAAUUAACGUAGCUUCGAACAUUUAUUGAAUUUAUGAAAGUAUUAUUGUACUGGUGUUUGUUGCGAGUGAUUCUUCUUCCUUUUAUGCAUGACAAUUGGCUUCUUGGAAGGCCGUUGUUACCCGUAUUGAGUUUAAAAGAAAAUACAUACAUUAGUAUUAUUGUACUAGUAGACACAUUUUUGUUAUAUAAACAAUGAUGUGGAGUGAAGUGAGAUGAAGUUAGUUUUAGGACUGUAAUCAAUUCUGAUAAAAUUAAAUUAAACGAGAUGAGAUGGAAUGAAAUAAAGGCUCAGUAAAACUGUAGUUAUUUCUCGAGACAUCAGUGACUUUUUUGAAAGAGCACGAGAAGUCAUGUCCAGCGGCGGUUAUUUCAUUUUAUCACAUUUGUGCAAUUUCAUAAGAGCUGAGCUGUUAACUACCAUUAUUACAUGUUUAGGCCUAAAGAAACACUAAAUUAACAAAAUAAAAUAAUUCACACAGCUUCACUCCACACGUUCCCGCUUAAGAGCCCCCUUAUAUUCACAAAGGUUAUCGUUAGGAAUUCUUAAAAAGCACAGAUUAUAAAAACCACAGAUAAUUCACUUUUUUCCAGUGAAACAGUUUAAGCAAAAAGUAGUCUCUUUAGUUUGAGUAUAACAAAAUAUAGUAUUGACGUUAAAAUCUACAUUCUUAGCUGAUGAAUAAUUUGCUUUUUGUAACUAAUCAAUUUUAUAAGUUUAUAAGUUUUACAUGAUGUAAGUAUACUGAUACCAAAAAAUAUAAUUAAGUUUUUUUGUUA